CAGAUGUUGACCAGUGGAAGUAUGUUGACGAUACAACGGUUGCAGAAACUGUGUUGAAGAAUGAUGCAAGUGCCAUGCAAGAGUACGUCGAAGAUCUGUCGAACCAGUCCUUAGCUAACAAAUUUCAGUUAAAUGAAACGAAGUGCAAAGAGUUACGCAUAUCUUUCGCGAAGUUUAAGCCCGAUUUUGCCCCUAUUCGCAUUAAUGACAAAGACAUUGAAGUUGUUACAUCGGUAAAGCUAUUAGGUCUUAACAUCUCAAAUGAUCUUAAGUGGAAUACGCACAUUUCUAAGAUCGUACGAAAAGUGUCAACUAGACUGUACUUUCUUAAACAACUUAAACGAGCUGGCCUUGCAACGAAAGAGAUGCUGCUAUUCUACUUAACUUGCGUGCGUCCA